GGAUCGGAAGUAGCCCCCUUUCUGGAUGUACACGCGCUGCUGCUGCUGCUGCUGCUGCUGCUGCUGCCGCCGUCCUCAGAGCCCCUUGUUUCCGCGGCAGACGUCUCCUUGAUUGCGUUUCCAGGUGAUCAGGCAUCAUGGUGACUUUUACGUGUGGCGCCUGUGGCGAGUCCCUCAAGAAGAACAAGGUGGAGAACCACUACAAGACCAAGUGCCCCGACUGCUAUACGCUGUCAUGCAUUGACUGUGGUCGUGACUUUCAUGGUGAUGAAUACGAGCAGCAUACGAGCUGUAUAUCCGAAGAGGAGAAGUAUCAGGGCAGUUUAUUCAAGGGAGGCAAAUCUCUCAGCAAGGGAAAUGCCAAGCAGCAAGCUUGGCUUGAGACGCUUCGCGUUCGCAUUGGCGAAGCCAAAGCAGCGCAUCCCAACUUGCGCAACACUUUGGAUAAGCUGGAGGACGCGGCCAACGUCCCUCGCAAAGAAAAGCCAUUCCGCAACUUUGUGCGCAGCAGCUACCGCCUGCCCCCACACCAGAUUGAUACCCUUUGGAGCGUGUUCAACCCUGCAACGGGCAACAGCAACAGCAGCAACAACAACAACAACAACAAAAACAACAACAAUAGCAACAAGCGGACAUCAUCCGAGGCUGCUUCUACACCCAAAAAGGCUGCACCAUCCUCAUCCUCAUCCUCAUCCUCCUCGUCUUCAUCGUCCUCCUCAGAGGACGAGCAGAAAAAGCAGCCUGCAUCGCCCAGUGACAAGAAGAAAAAAAUGACAAAGAAGGCUGCGUCCUCAUCCUCAUCCUCCUCGUCUUCAUCGUCCUCCUCAGAGGAUGAGCAGAAGAAGCAGCCUGCAUCGACCAGCGACAAGAAGAAGAAGCUGACAAAGAAGGCUGCAGCCUCCUCGUCUUCGUCCUCCUCUUCCUCCUCGUCCUCAGACUCGGAAUCUGAGGACGAGACUUCGAAGAAACAGUCGACGCCACAGAAGAAGCAGCUUCAAAAGAAGAAGAAGUCAGACGCUGCUAGUAGCUCAUCGUCGUCGUCUUCCUCCUCUUCGGAGGAGGAUGAGAGCAAGGCUAAAGAGGCUAAGGCAACGCCCAUCGCCAAAUCGUCAAAGCCGGCUGCCUCGUCUUCGUCUUCGUCCUCGUCCUCGUCCUCGUCCUCGUCCUCGUCCUCGUCUUCGUCUUCGUCUUCGUCUUCGUCUUCCUCAUCCUCCGAACCGGAGGCGGAGGCUCCUCAGCCACCGGCCAAAAAGGCCAAGGCAAAGAAGGAAAGCAAGCAAGAGUCUAAAAAGAGCAAGAAGGCCGACAAGAAGGAGAGCCAGCAAUCAAAGGCAGAUGCGGAUUCCGAGGGCGCCCCGGCAGCCAAGCGGGUUCAUCGCGACACCACCGCUCUUCCGUCGAUUGUAGCAGAGAUUCAAAGCAAGACCAGUGCGUCAGUGUCCGACUCCAAGGAUAAGAAGGAGAAGAAGGAAAAGAAGGAGAAGAAGGAAAAGAAGGAGAAGAAGGAGAAGAAGGAGAAGAAGGACCAGAAGGAGAAGAUGGAGAAGAAGGACCAGAAGGAGAAGAAGGACCUGAAGGAUAAGAAGGACCAGAAGGAUAAGAAGAACAAAAAGGACAAGAAGUCGGAGAAGUCGGAUAAGAACGUUCAGAAGAAGAAGGAGAAGAAGGAGAAGAGCAGCGCCAAGUCCGACAAGGAGAAAAAGAGUAAAAAGAGCAAGAAGGAAAAGAGCCAGUGAUUGCACGUGUGUUCUUGGGAUUGUGUCGUCCCUCUUGUCCUAAUUGAACUAUUGCGCGGG